AUGGUCGUUGCAACUGUAGCCACAGCUCUGCGAGCUACUCAUCCAGGGAAGGAGGGUGCCGAGGACUGCCAACGCACUGCCAGUGCUUGGCUAGAGGCGAGGGCAGAGCAGCCUGCUGGGGAUGAUGGGAUUACCCGCAUGUUUGUAGGAAGCUGUAUUUACGUGUUGCUGGCUGAUGUGGAGCAUGGCCUUCUGCAGGAGCUCGUCGUGAUCGACACCGGCCCUCGAUCCUCGCCUUUCCUCAAGGCCAAGGCCCUGGAGGAUCCGCGGGUGAUAUACCGGCACCUGCAUGAUGAGGGUCGGGACUGGCCCGUGGGUUUGAAACGGAACCUUGCCAUUGCUUGCGCCUCGGGCGCGACCAUCGCGCACUUCGACGAUGAUGACUUCUAUGCACCGGAGUACCUGACAGAGUUGAUCGAGUCCAUGGGAGGUGCUGAUGCUGUGACUCUGGCAAGCUGGUUCGUCGGCGAUGCCUGCACGGGCCUUGUGGCACGCGCCGUGCCCGCCGAUGACGGAUCGCAGGAAAGUUGGAUUUUGGGCUAUGGGUUCUCCUAUGUCUACCGGCGCGCCGCGGCUCUGCGCCGACCGUUCCAGCAUGAGCACUUUGGAGAGGACUAUCAGUUCUUGGUUGCUCUGCGUGAUGCUCCAGGCGGCCGUGGCAUUCGCACCGUCCACGACGAGCAGGGCUUGGUCCUGCAUAUGCAACAAGGCUUGAACUUGUCGAACUCCCACGCUCACCAUGAGCUCGAUGCCGCUGGCUUGGCUCGCUUGGCAGUGGCAAAGCUGCCAGGCUUUCGCCCACCGACACGACUACCGGACCUGGAAUCACCCUUCAUCAGUCUUGGUGCUGCUCAUCGUAUGUUUCUGCGGCCGCCUUCUUUUCCUGGCGCGGAGACGCUGCGCCUGGCGUUGCGAAGGCUCGGGGUGGCUCGCCCACGGUGUGUCGAGAAGCUUCGCAAAAGCAGGUGGCAAGAGAAAGAUGAUGCCGUCGUUUGUUACUGCGUCUGGCGUCGAAAGGAAAUCUUCAUGGAGCCAGGAAGAAUUUUCGCACCAACUCCGCGACUCACUGGGGCACGCUUACCCAGCGACGUGCCGCGAACAGCGGCCGCAGAGCUGCGAGCCCUCAGGCACGUCGGCCGGCUGCUUCUGACCCGCUGUCCGGCCACGCGCUCUGCACGAUCAGAGUGCGAGGGCUGGAUUCGGCUGCAGGUUCAUUACUCCACACAUAUCGCGUUGCUUGCCACACUGGUCACACUGGCGUCGCUGUUCCCACGGGUGCGCCUGGAAGUUGAGUUCGAGGAGGAAGCUCCGCAAAGACAGCAGGAGCUGCAGAUGUUUGACGCACAGAAAGCCCUAGCAGCCAUGUUCGCGGGAGAAAAAGCUUUGGG